UCUUCUAUUCAGAAAGGCAACAGCUGUUUCGUGUCGUCGUUCCCUUUUUCUCCUUGGCUGUGAUCACCGGCCACCCCGAAAAAUGUUCCGAAUCGGAUUAAAAUUUCCGUGCAACGGUAUCAAUCAUAUUAAUAAAGUAAAAAAACACGGAUACUCUAGAGUAUAUCUCACGGCCAGGUGCUAUGAAACCCGAGCGCGUAUAAAAUGUGACCCAGUAACUAGGCCUUGCAAGGAUGAUAAACUUAUGUCCAGGUUUUCUGGACAUAGGUAUUCGACCGACUCGUUUAAAAGUGAGAAAGGUCGAGGAUCGGGAAAAGGACUAAUUACUUUAGGUGCAGUAACUUUGGGAACUAUAGGAAUAUUAGCGUAUGCAAAAAAUAAUCCUGGAGUGAGAGCAACGCUCGAAGAAUGGAUUCCUGGCGCCGAUAAUACAAUUAAAAUUAUUUUUCAAGAAGACAAUAGCUAUUUCGAUUUCAUUCGAGACUUUUUCGAACAACUGAGGCAAUCAUUACACAAUAUUAUUUUUGGAGAUCCUAUGGAAAAGGCAAAAGAAGCGCCGAAACCCGCUUUUAUACCACUUGUUGAAAAGAAACCAGAACCUGUUAACGAAAAUUACAGUGAAAUUAGAUUAAGCAAGGAGAAAGGAGCGGAAAUUGAAGUUGUUGCUGAAAAGCCAGAGCCACCACAAAAGAAUGUCUCAACAGAAUUAUUGCCCCAGAGUCUUGUAGAUUUAGAAAAAUCUUGUGGAGAUGCAGCCGCAAAAGCAAUUGCAGCUUUUCAUUCCGCUACGUGUGCAAUUCAGGAUUAUAAUAAAGAUGUUGUCCAAGUCGUGGAAAAAAUCGACGUUUCUGAAGUAAACAACGAAUCAUGGGAUAGAUUAAAAAAAGCAACUGAGAAACGAAAGAAAGCCCUUCGUGAUGCAGAGAAACAUGCAUUGGAUGCAUUAACUUCACUAAAACAAAUGUAUAGUUUAAUAGAUGAUCCUGAAUUUGUUGCACCAGCAGCAGUGAAAGCAGUUGCAAGAAGAAAUGUCAAAAAGAUUUUAGACGAUGUCGAUGAUGCAAAGAAAAAGUUUCAAGACGAAUUAUUAUCUGCCAAUAUUACCGAACGUUAUUGGAAUCAGGUGAAGGCAGCACGAGAAAGUUUUAACGAAGAAUUGCAGAUUCUUUUUCCAAAUAUCAAUAUUCACGACAAGAAACUUUCUGUAAAUGAAGAGGCAUUUGAUUUGUUUGUUUUGCACAUGUAUAACAAAGUCAACUUUCUACAGAAAGAACUCAGUAAAUUAGAAACAGUUAUGGAAACUAAAUUGAAAGCAGCUCUAAAAGCCGGAGGAGAAAAUUUGGAUAAUGAAAAAUUGGAUGCUCUCAUAUGUGCAGAAGUUGACAAGGUGAAACGCAACAUGCAUGACGAUUUCGACAAAAAGAUGCUGGAAGAGAAAAGGCAGUUUGAAGAUGCAAUGUUAAAGGAGCUGAAAAUUCAGAAACAGCUAUUCGAUGACAGCUUGAAAGAACAAUUGUCAUUGAAGGAGAAAGAAAAUCAAAGGGCAAUUAAACGAGCCUUAAGUGAGCAGACCGAAAAUGCAUCGCUGGAAUAUAAAACUCAAAUUGCAGCACUUAUUGGAAGGUUAAAAGGUGUAGAAGGUGCCCUCAAAGAGCGUAUUAAUCAGGAAAAAGGAGCUUGCGAUGCCCAAAUGCUGUGGUCCGCAUGCCAAGCCCUGGCAAGAGCUGUUAAAGUUGCACCACCUGGAGCCCCGAAAGAUAAAGCAGUGAGACCACUUGAACCUGAAAUUAUUGCAGUGAGGAAGGCUGCACAGAAAUAUUUUGCUACUCCAGUAAAUGUUGUAGGUACUCCAGCGAAAGACGAUGCUUUGGUGAAUGCGGUUGUCGAGGGAAUUCCCGCGGAAGCUUCAAAGCGAGGCGUAUUUCCUGAGGACGCACUUCGCGAACGAUUCCUCAAGGUAGAGAAGAUGGCGAGGAGGUUAGCUCUAGUGCCCGAGGAAGGUGCAUCGUUACCUGUUUAUCUUCUUAGCUGCCUUCAAAGCUUCCUGAUCAUUGAAGCCGUCAAUCCAAUUCCAAAAAGCGAACUCGAGGAUCAACCUAUCGAUGUUGAAAGCCUCAACACAUACGACAUCCUUCACAGAGCGAGGCAUUACUUGGAUCGAGGUGAUUUCAAAAUGACGUUACGAUAUAUGAAUUUAUUAAAGGGUGCAUCUAGAAAUAUCGCAAAGGAUUGGAUGAAUGAAGCAAGAAUUCUUUUAGAAACUCAGCAGGCUGUGGAUGCUUUACUUGCGUAUGCUGGAGCUAAUGGUCUCGUUUUUCUUGGCGAUGCUAAAUCUUUAAGGCAAUAACCGAGAAAUGAGUAACCAAAUUGCCUAGCCAUGAUACUUAUCAAGAAACGAUAAGUCUGUAAGAAGAGAGCAAAGUCAACCAGCCUUACUUGUACAGUCAUCUUUUUUUUAGUAAAUUAUAUCCUUCAGGGAACGAAAUGAAUGGGUUUUAUCCGGCAAGAAUUCAGAGAGAAAUCCAACACGAGAAGCCGUGUAUUUUAAAUAAAUCUUUAUUUAUAAUUAAA